AGGCACACCUCAACUGGAGCCCUAGAUUCUAGGGUUUAUACGAACCAACGAUGAUGAUCUUCGAUCUAGACCUAAUUUUCCACGCGCUCGCGUGAGAGGAAUGAGCUAUGGGAUGCUCGUUCUCGGGGCUGAAUGCGCUCUAUGAGGCCGUCAGCGGCGCCGCCGACAUCUGGAUCAACCAGCGCCGCUUCCGGAUCGUGCGGCAGCUCGGCGAGGGCGGAUUCGCGUUCGUCUACCUCGCCCGGGAGAUCCAAGGCGAUCGGCCUCUCAAGCAAUCCUCCCAAGUCUCAGACGACGGUCUGUAUGCCGUGAAGAAAGUGCUGAUCCAGUCCGAGGAGCAGCUCGCGCUCGUCAAGCGCGAGAUCCAAGUCUCGUCGCUCUUCAAGCAUCCCAAUCUCCUGCCUCUCCUGGAGCAUUCCAUGAUCGCCGUCAAGGGAUCGCGAGAAGGCACUUGGAACACCGAGGCCUAUCUCUUGUUUCCAGUGUAUCCCGAUGGAACGCUCCAAAGUCAGCUGGAGGAGAUGCGAUCUAGAGGCGAGUUCUUCCCAGCAGUCACGGUUCUUCACAUCUUCCAACAGAUCUGCCAAGCUUUGAAGCAAAUGCACAAGCACGAUCCAUCUUACUCCCACAACGACGUCAAGCCAGGAAACGUUCUCCUUUCCAAGUCCAGCAACCAAGAUCCACCCAAAGCAGUGGUGAUGGACUUUGGCAGCGCGACUCUAGCAAGGAAACGCGUUCGGUCUCGCUCGGAAGCUCUCGCCAUCCAGGAAUGGGCCGCCGAGCACUGCUCGGCUCCGUAUCGAGCACCGGAGCUGUGGGACUGUCCCAGCAUCGCGGACAUUGACGAGCGAGUCGACGUUUGGUCACUCGGCUGUACACUCUUCGCGAUCAUGUACUGCGUCUCGCCAUUCGAGCACUCUCUCGGCGAGGCCGGCGGAAGCUUACAGUUGGCGUCCAUGAGCGGGCAGAUAAAAUGGCCGAGCACUCCGCCAUAUCCUCGCUCGUUUCACAAGCUCGUUUCGUGGAUGGUAGAGCCUCGAGUCGCAAACAGGCCCGACGUCGAGGCAGUGAUCGCCGUGGUCACAAAGAUGCUGUCCAAGUUUCCGGAAGAGGUCGACUCAUCCGUGUUCUAGAAACCAUCUUCUGCAAAAGAAACGAGAACUUUUCUCAAACAGCAAUUGAAAGACAUGCUUACGAGUC